UAUUCCCAAAAAAAAACAAGAAAAAGAGAGAGAAAGAUGGCGCAAACUGCUUCUGCUGCAACAGAAAACCAUGCCGGCCGCCAGCAUCAGGAGGUUGGCCACAAGAGCCUUUUGCAGAGUGAUGACCUCUACCAGUACAUUCUUGAAACCAGUGUGUAUCCAAGAGAGCCAGAGCCCAUGAAAGAGCUCAGAGAAAUAACUGCCAAACAUCCAUGGAAUUUAAUGACGACAUCUGCGGAUGAGGGCCAAUUCUUAAACAUGCUUUUGAAGCUUAUCAAUGCCAAAAACACCAUGGAGAUUGGAGUUUACACCGGCUACUCUCUCUUGGCUACCGCCCUCGCCCUUCCCGACGACGGCAAGAUAUUGGCAAUGGACAUCAACAAGGAGAAUUACGAAUUGGGUCUGCCAGUAAUUGAGAAAGCUGGAGUUGCCCACAAAAUUGACUUCAAAGAAGGCCCUGCCUUGCCUGUUCUUGAUCAAAUGAUUGCAGAUGGGAAGCACCAUGGGUCAUUUGACUUCAUAUUUGUGGAUGCUGACAAGGACAAUUACUUGAACUACCAUAAGAGGCUGAUUGAGUUAGUUAAGGUUGGUGGCGUGAUCGGGUACGACAACACGCUGUGGAAUGGGUCUGUGGUGGCCCCACCGGAUGCGCCAUUGAGGAAGUAUAUUCGGUACUACAGGGACUUCGUGCUGGAGCUCAACAAGGCUCUCGCUGCUGAUCCAAGGAUCGACAUUUGCCAGCUGCCCGUUGGCGAUGGGAUUACCCUGUGCCGCCGCCUCACCUGAUCUCAUCACAUAAUUUGUUCAUGUUGCCGCAUUCAAUGCAAUCUACUCUCUUCUUUUUUUGCAAUUUUCUUUACCAUUUUACAAAAGUGAAAAUGUUAGAUUUGUGGCUCGCACUGGUGAGAUGUGAACAAAUCUAAGUAUAUUAUAUGCCCCUGAAAUAUGAGAUAUUGAUUAUUUUAA